AUGGGAAUCGCACCUUUCGAAUUAGCACCACAACAUAAAUCAAUACCAAAUUUGAUUAAAACUCAAUCUAUGGCAAAUAUCGUAUAUCUUAUCAAACAUAAUCCUUCUCAAGGUAAAAAAUCACAUAUGUCAAUUAUCGUUGAUCUAGCAGGUGAAUCAAAUGCAAAAGAAAUACAAGGAUUAUUGCUUCACGCUGUUGUUGAUCGGCCAGUACAAAGUGUACCAUCAGUAACAAAAUUCGAUCAUGUAACACAGGUUGUCGAAAAAAGUCAAAUUGAAUAUCGUAUAAUUGGACAAUUUGAAUCUAGUGCAUAUCUUGUUGAUGUUCAUAUGAUUCCAAAUGCAUUGAAAAAUCUACUUGUAAGUGACAAUCAAAUGAUUCCAGAUGUAUUUAAAGAUUUACUUGUAACCCAACUCUAUGCAAACUUGUGUUCAAUGCAUCGUCCUCCAAAUGAACGUGGCAAUAUGUAUUUAAUACCAUUAGGAGAAGCUGUUUAUCAUGAACUAAUACAACGUAAUUCAGGAAUAAAAUGUUGGAGUAGUGUAGUAAAUUGUCAACAAUAUGCUAGGCUCUUGAUAGAAUUUGGAUUUGGUUUACAAUGGCCCGAUGAUGUUGAUGUCACAGGUGAUAUUGCUCCAGAAAUUGUCAACAUUGGUUUUUUCUAUCAAUCAUUGAUGACUAAAUGUUAUGAUAAGUCAAACAACAAUACAAACCGACGAUAAACGUUUUUUAUCGGUUUUUUUGUUCAAAGUAAAGUUAUAUAUUGUUUACUUUCUUUCUUUUUUUUGAUACAUACACGGACAAUUAUUUUAUAUGCAAAAUUUUAUGUACAUCCGCGAAAACAGAAAAGUUACUUUUCGCCUUGUUCUUAUUUUUUGUGGAUAUAUAUACAUAUAUACAAAAAAAAACAGAUGUUAUGUGGGUGGGGUGUGGGUGGGUGUGGAUGUGUAUGAGUAUCUCAUAUUCUCCACACCCACCCACACCCAACCCCACACCCCACACCCACACCCACCCACACCAAGAGAAGAAACUGAUAGAAUUGAAAAAUUAAAGACAUAUAUCGACGAUGCAAGAAAAAAAUUGUGUCAACCAUAAAUUGACUGCUGAAAAGUUUGUCUUUUCAUGAGUUUUUUCUCUCAUUUAUAUUGAUAAUUGUAGGAUGAAACUUCACAAUCGAAACAAAUAAAGCAAAAGAAAAGAAGUUUAACUUUCUAAACAAAACUAUUAGGUGAAAGAAUAAAAAAUAAAUAAUAGAUAUUUUAUUCUUCAAGUGAAAUACUAAUUCUUCCAAUCAUUAUGGUUUAGUUUUAUUUAUUUGAUGAUUUACUAUUCGAUGUUGAAGAGAAAUUUAUAAGAAAUUAUAUUUAUCGCGUAUUAUUUUGCUUCUUAUGAACCUAUUAUCACAUUCGCAUAUUUUCUUCUUUUAAAAAGAGUCAAUGGCAUACAAAUACUAAAAGCAAUACAAAAAACAAGAAGAACUGUAAAACCAACAUUGAAAAUAUAUGUAUUCGUAUAUUUAGUUGUUUUACUUCUUCUUAGUAAUGUAAAAACUGUAGAUGCAUUUUCGCCCUAUAAAUAAUAGACAAUAUAACAUUUGAGUAUUUAUCUUUUAGCAUAAAUCAGCAUACUUUGUUCUAAAUAAGAGGACAUCUUCAUCACUAACAAGAGUAUUUGUGCCAUGAGACAAUUUAAGAAAAUGCAAUUCAUUAAAUAUAACUGCAUAUAAUUCUGUUGAUGACAAAAAUUAUUCGUCGGCGAUGUCAUAUCACACAAUUAAAACAUGUGUAUCUGAGGAUAAUGAAUUUUUCUAGACCUAAUUUUGUGGAACUCACAUAUAUUUUCGAAGAAAAUAGUGAGUGUAAGUUUUAAGUUCGAGAUUUUGCGGCUCCCCCCCCCCCCCCCCCCCCCGACGCCACCCACCAUGCCGCCAGCACACACCGCCC